AUGAAUUUAUCUGACUAUUUUCUUGCUACCAUUUUAGAAGAAGUAUCGAAAAGCUACAAUUACAUUCUUGACAGUUAUGCUAAGUAUGCAGCAAGUGCUUUGGCAACCAAGGUGUUUUUAAGAUCUGGUUUAGGUGGAGCAAUGCCUUUAUUUGUUACAUAUAUGUAUCAAGGUUUGGGAUUGCAAUGGGCUAGCUGGUUAUUGGCGUUUGUUUCUUUAGCUAUGAUCUUAGUUCCUUAUAGUUUUUACUUAUACGGUGCUAGACUUAGAGCUAAAUGGUGUAAAGAGGAUUAUACUUUACAUUAUGAUUAA